CCACUGAGGAACCUGGUUGACAUUUGUCAAAAAAAUUAACAUUUGUUAGGGUUUCCAAUUUCGCUUAGACAAUAUUCAUGGAAGCUUCUGCCUCUGUUUCUGUUUCUGUUUCUUCAUCAACAUCUCAUCAACGACCAUUAACUCGUUACUUUCGCUGUAAACUUAGUCGCUGUUGUCGCUGUUUCUGUUGCUUCUACACUUAUCCGUGAAUUUUCCGUAUUUUGUUUCAAAUUCGUCGAGUGGUUUAUUAUGGAUUUAUCAUCGCACACAAAUUCGAGUCUCUCUUUAAGCUUCCAUUCGCACGCAUCCUCUCCACCAUCACCGUCUUCGUCUAUCAUCGACGACUCAAUUUCUGUGCAACUUGAUUCAAGUUACCGGAGUUCGUCGAAUCCGAUUCCGUCAAAACCGCUGCAACUACUCGAGGAUAAAACGGACAAAUUAAAAUCCGAAAAUAACGAAGAGGACUACGACAAAGAAGAUGAGCAAGAAGAAGAGUUCAGCAUCUUAGGCCACCCGAUGUGCCUAAAGCGACAAAGAGAUGGAAACUGUUUGCCCUUCACGAAGCGCCUCGCAGUCGAGCCAGGGCUGGAAGCGCGUCGAGCCUCUGUUCGAGCCUGGGGAAAUCAGCCACUGGCCAUGGCGGACCCUGAGAUUCGCGAAAUCAUGGAAAAGGAGAAAAAGCGUCAAUUUAACGGAAUUGAGUUAAUAGCUUCGGAGAAUUUUGUGUGCCGUGCUGUGAUGGAAGCGCUUGGAAGCCAUUUAACAAAUAAGUACUCGGAAGGAUUGCCUGGAGCUAGGUACUACACAGGUAAUCAAUACAUUGAUCAAAUAGAAAGUCUUUGUUUUGAACGCGCAUUAAAAGCGUUUAAUCUUGAUAGUGAUAAAUGGGGGGUCAAUGUUCAACCGUAUUCAUGUACCUCUGCUAAUUUCGCCGUUUAUGCCGGUCUCCUGUUACCCGGAGAAAGAAUUAUGGGUCUAGAUUCGCCGUCUGGAGGGCAUAUGAGUCACGGUUAUUAUACUCCGGGAGGGAAAAAAGUAUCGGCUGCUUCUAUAUUUUUUGAGAGUUUUCCAUAUAAAGUGAAUCCACAAACUGGUUUGAUAGAUUAUGAAAAGUUGGAGGAGAAGGCCAUGGAUUAUAGACCUAAGAUUUUGAUUUGUGGUGGGAGUUCAUAUCCAAGAGAGUGGGACUAUGGGAGGUUUAGGCAAGUUGCGGAUAAGUGUGGCGCUGUUUUGAUGUGUGAUAUGGCUCAUAUAAGUGGGCUCGUGGCAGCUAAGGAAUUGGCUAGCCCAUUUGACUGUUGUGAUAUAGUUACAUCAACAACUCACAAAAGUCUACGGGGUCCUAGGGGAGGCAUCAUUUUCUAUAGGAGAGGCAAAAAAUCCAGGAAGCAAGGAAUGCCUCUUGGUCAUGGUGAUAAUAGUAACCAUUAUGAUUUUGAGAGGAUAAACUUUGCUGUCCAUCCCUCAUUACAAGGGGGUCCUCACAAUAAUCACAUUGCUGCUCUUGCCAUAGCCUUGAAACAAGUGGCAACGCCAGAGUACAAAGCAUAUAUGCAGCAGGUGAAGAGAAAUGCCCAGGCCCUAGCAUCUGCUUUAUUAAGAAGAAAAUGCAAAUUGGUGACUGGGGGCACUGACAACCAUUUGUUGCUAUGGGAUCUGACCAGUCGGGGCUUAACAGGCAAGAACUAUGAGAAAGUCUGUGAGAUGUGCCACAUUACACUUAACAAAAGUGCUAUAUUUGGUGAAAAUGGUGCUAUUUGUGCUGGAGGAGUUAGAAUUGGAACACCUGCCAUGACAUCAAGGGGUUGUGUAGAGGCUGAUUUUGAGACAAUUGCUGACUUCCUUCUCAGGGCAGUUGAAAUAACAUGUACUGUGCAGAGGGAACAUGGAAAACUGCAGAAAGGAUUCAUCGAGGUUCUUCAGAAUAAUAAAGAUGUCAUUGAACUCCGAAAUCAGGUUGAGGCAUUUGCUUCCCAGUUUGCAAUGCCAGGAUUCGACAUCGUUUGAAUCUGUAAAUUAGACAACCAGCAUGCAUUUAAAGCACCUUUUCUGUUGCUAGUAUGACUUACCACUGCAUCUGCAUGUUAACUUUCCCAUGGAUCACCUUUAAAUUAUACAAAGAGGUCACAUGAAUUUCUUUUGCUGCCACUUCUUGGAGCCAUUUUAUUAAUGACCAUGAAAGGGGAAAAUGAAAAUUUUAUUA